UUAUUUAUUCUUUAAUUGAAUAAAUGAAAUCCAAGUUUCAAAUUUGAAAAAAGAGGAAGAAUUACUAUAGUAUAUCUUUUUGAUUACAAAGAAGCCAAAAGAAACCAAACAAAACAAGUAAUUCUCUACAGCUAACUCAACAUCCUCAUAUCUGAUAGCUUCCAACUCAGCUGGGAUAUUAGAAUUAUAAUGAAUCUCUUCAUGGGAACUUGCCUUUGCCGCAACUCAGCUGCCGUUUGAACUUUUCCCUCCGAACUGCUGCUUCCUGGGCCGCUUCCUCCGAUCUGCUGCCGCAUGUACCGUUUUCUUCGAGCUGAUGAUGUCUGGGUCUCUUCCGAUCUGCUGCGCAUGAAACGUUCUCUUCGAGCUGCUGCCCGGGCCUCCUCCGAUCUACUGCCGCCUAAACCCUCUCUUUUGAUCUGAAAAUUGCUUGAAUUUAAGGAUUUCUAUUUUUCAAAAUCACGUGUUGGAUGAGAAAUGUUUGUGAAAUUAAGUGUUAAAAGAGUAAUUAGGAAGUUAAUAAAGUGUUGGUCCCAAUAAAUUUAUGACAUCCGUAUUUGUGAGAUUAUUUUUCUCUUUUUAGAUAAUUUUCAAUUUUUCCCCAACAAUUUUGACACUGUUAUAUUGGCCCAAGACUUUAACCGGAGAGAACCGACAGAAAAACUCUUCCUAGAUGCUAAACUAGAUUAUUACCAACACAUUUAAAAAAAAAAAGAUUAUUACCAACACGUGUGUUGCACACCAGGUGUUUGUGAAAAUUUCCAGCUGAACUUUUUUAGUGACAUAUUUAUUAACUUUCAAGUCACAUUUUAUCUCAAUGUUAAUUCUCAUUGGUCAUAUUACAUGAUUGCUUGUCAGUCAGGAAUGAUCAUUAACUGAAAUUUUGAAUUGAAGUGUUUUGUCUUUGUUUCUUGUAGCAGUGAAAUCACUUAUGGAGCACUGGAGAAGUAUUCUAAAGGUUCCUGUGGAUCCUAGCAGCAGCCAUUGCUGCAGAGUUGCUGUGUCUCUUUGCCUGUCCCCUAAUUCCAAAUCACUAGCUGUACCUUCUGCAAAUGCCAUCUUUUUCUCUGGAGAUAGAGUGGAAGGGACAAACAAUCCUGUGAUUGAGAGGCUGUCUGACCCACAGAGAAUAGCUGAUGUUUUGGUCUCUAAAUUUGGUGCUUCUGUCAAUGCUUGGGUUAUUGAAGCUUCCAUUUUUAAUGGGCUGUUUGCUGUUUAUAGAGACUUCAUUCCUUCCGUGAAUCGGUGGGGGGAACCGAAAUCUUACUGCCCUGCUGGAUUUCCAGCUUCUGCCUCGACCGUCUCCCUCUUAUCAAAUUGCCUCAAAGAGGCAAAGAAGGCCAUUUCAACUGAAGAGAAAAAACCAUUAUCAACGGGUGCAUCUUCGUCAUAUUAUGAGCCAAAGACGUACGUUCUUGGGUUUAGUAAAGGCGGUACUGUGCUUAACCAACUGGUGGCAGAGCUUAGUGUUUCAGAAAUAAAAUCAAAUACCCAGGAGCAUCACAAAAGCAGGGAAUAUUCUGAAGAAGCGGUUCAAAUUAUACCAUGCAGUAAGGACGACCUUUUAAAUAGUAUUACUGAGAUCCAUUAUGUGGAUGUGGGUUUAAAUUCUGCUGGUGCAUACAUCACUGAUCAAAAUGUGCUUGAGGGAAUCUCUAAACGUCUAACGCGAGGGGUUUCAGGAAUUCGUUUUAUCAUUCAUGGAACACCGAGGCAGUGGUGUGAUAGCAAGCGAGUUUUGAUACGUAAAGAAAAAGACCAGCUUCGUAAUCUACUUGAAUCUGAAGCUCAAAAGAGUGGAGGGAAAUUAAAGGUAUGUGAGAGAUAUUAUUUUGCUGAUAGCCCUUCCAAUUUGCAGAUGCACUUUGAAAUAAUUGAAAAUAUUGAUGUUACUUAAACUUUUUUCUGCUUAUUGUAAAAAUAAAACUUGAUAAAAUUAUGGAAUCCAAUUCAUUUUGUGCAGUUCUGAACCAGAAGUGGUUCAUAUUUGUAGUAUGCUAUUGACAAAUUUGUUACUGGUCAAAUUCUAUUUUAGAUUGUAAUACAUGUAAGUGAGUGGAUAUAAUUGUCUCAAUUUUGUCUGA